AUGGCUUUUACUGUGACAAUUUUGUACCAAACAAGCCCAACACUCCUAAGAUGUGGACUGAGAAUUGGACCGGAUGGUUUAAGCAAUGGAGUGUACCAUGGAGGCACCAACUUUGACAGAACCGCAGGUGGUCCGUACAUCACAACUUCAUAUGAUUAUGAUGUUCCCCUUGACGAAUAUGGUAAUUUGAAUCAACCAAAAUACGGGCAUUUGAAACAACUUCAUGAUGUUCUUCACUCUAUGGAAAGAGCUCUCACAUACGGAGACAUCUCCACCAUUGAUUUUGGAAACUAUGCAUCGAUUACCACUCAGACUUCAAUGAUGGUUAAGAAAUCAAAUGAAGCUGAAAAUAUCCCUUCAACUCUGAAAUGGUCAUGGAGACCAGAGAACAUGGACAAUUUCCUUUUGAAAGGAAAAGGAAAAUCUACACAGACACAACUAUUUGAUCAGAAAGUAGUAACCAAUGAUCAUCACGAUUAUCUAUGUACUGCUCAUGUCCUUCACGUUUUUGUCAAUGGAAAACAUAUUGGUAAUCAACACGCUGAGAAUGGAAAAUUUAACUAUGUAUUUGAGAAAGAUGUGAAGUUUAAGUCUGGUCGUAAUGUGAUUGCUCUUCUUAGCAUAACUGUGGAACUUGCGAAUUAUGGUGCUUUCUUUGAAAAUAAGCCGGCUGGAAUCACUGGACCCAUUUUUAUUACUAGAAUAAAUGGUGAUGAAACUAUAGUUAAAGACUUAUCUGCUCAUAAAUGGAGCUAUAAAACUGGUUUAAAUGGGUUUGAGAACCAACUCUUUAGAACGGAAUCAAUGUUUAAAUGGUACCAUGUUCCUCGUUCUUUCUUGAAUGCAGAAGGAGAUAACACACUAGUUUUGUUUGAGGAGAUGGGAGGAAACCCAUCGCUUGUCAAUUUCCAAACUACGAGAGUGGGAAGUGUAUGUGCUAACGUAUACGAGAAAACAAUUAUUGAGCUUUCAUGCGAUAGAAAAUCCAUUUUUGUCAUCAAAUUUGCAUCUUUUGGUAACCCAUAUGGCAAUUGUGGAUCUUUUGAAAAAGGAUCUUGUGAAUCAAGUAACAACGCGGUUGAUAUUCUCACACAAAAAUGCAUUGGAAAAGAGAAAUGUUCCAUUGAGAUCUCUAAGGAAAAGUUUGGAGCACCAGAUUGCGGUGGUGCUCCUAGAAGGCUCGCUGUCGAAGCUAUAUGCUAA